GGAAUAAAAAAAGAGUCAAAACCACUCUCUUUAGCAAUUUAAGCGUUGCAUUGGUGAGGAAAAAAACAAAGCAUUGAGCUUUCCUCUCCAAAUCACCGUUGCUGAUGCCCUUCUACAGUUUGUGCCUUUCGCUUGUUAUCAUCAAUUGGAAUUAGAAUUGCUAAGAUGGUUUAUGAAUUAACCGAGCAAAAAAAGAUUGGGUUGGGUCUCCUUGGGUUUGGUCUAUUUUUCACAUUUCUCGGUGUAGUGCUUUUCUUUGACAGAGGUUUGCUUGCUCUAGGGAAUAUAUUUUGGUUGACUGGAGUGGCCCUUUUACUUGGCUUCCGUUCGACAUGGAAUCUCAUCACUAGCAAAGCAAACAUAAAGGGUUCUGCGUCUUUUCUUCUUGGUCUAUUUUUCCUUUUCGUUCGGUGGCCAAUAGUUGGUAUAAUCUUGGAAAUAUAUGGUUGUCUUGUUCUGUUUGGUCGUUUUUGGCCAUCUGUGAAGGCGUUCCUCUAUGAAGUUCCAAUGUUGGGAUGGAUUAUAAGGUUUCUUUUCUGAUUCUUGAUCUCCUUCAGGACGGGCUUCGGUUGAGCACCCCAUUGAUACCUGGUGUCUGCUUUUGAAAUAUCUCAUGUCUCAUUUUUGUGGUAUCAUAUGGCUUCGUGAUUCUAUCAGAAGCUGAAGGAGAUGUACCAAUUGGCUUCUUAUGUGUUGGAGAUUUCAGCAUCAGACUAGCCAAAAAAAGAAAGAGAGACUGCAAAUUGGCUUCCUGUAUGAUCCACACUACCUUUGAGGCCUAACCAAGAAAAUUGUUCUGUUCAUUUUAUUGUUUAUAUAUUAAAUUUUCUAUAACAAAAUUGAUGUCUCUUGUCCUCGCUCUCUUCACCUUUGCAUCCAACGACCGUACGUAAUUCUUCCA